AUGGUGAACACCAAGUCUCCUCAUGUUAUUAUUGCAGGUGAGGAUGCCACAGUCAGCUAUUUGUUGUCCUGGGUCCUGUCCGGAGCCAAAUUCUGCAGGGCAUCGGACCUUGCUGCGUGUCUCCCUCGGUGUUUUAGCGACGUCAAAGAGAAUAAGCCAAUUGGUCGAAGUAGCCCAGAGCUACUAUCCCGUCUUCUGCUCCCAUUCGGUACCUCUGUUGUCCUGGAACACAUCGAGAGCCUCCAAAUCCCUGGCUCUUUCGCCGAUAGACAGAGUUGGAUGGUAAAACUGCGUGUCCUCAUGGAUAACAAAGCACAUGAAAGGCUGUUGCAGAAGUUGGAAUCUUUGCAAGAUCAACAGGUAUCAUUCGAAACUCUCUGUGAGCAAGAGAACGAAACCGGUACAGAUGAUUAUCUUGUUGCUGACUCCAAACGGACCCUACAAUUUGACUACGAUAUGCGGGAUGUGAUGAUUCGGGGUGACAAAAACGCAAUGAAAAAGCAUCAAGAAGUCUUUUACGUGACCGGCUCCAUUGCCUGGACCGUCCGAUCUCCUUACUGGAAUGUUGCAUUGGCCACCGACGAUGAAGGUAAUCGAUACCUCUCAGAUGAUGUUCUGGACGAAGUCCUUCCCAAAUGGAAACAAAUCCUCGCAGGGGAGACGAUCCCGACUCUGAAAUAUGGUGUUGUCGAUUCUUUUCGUUUGUGGCUGGCUAGUGAGGAGAAAAAGGCUAGCGAUCUCGGCAAACCUUGGCCACAAAGCACACCCAUCAAUACUCCUGCUUCAGCCCGGAGGUUCAAGUUUGUAACUCCGGAACCCUAUUCUGGCCUUCGCACAAUGAAUACCAGCCGUCUCUCUCCGUUUGGAUCCCACUCAAAGGUCACUGCCAAUGAGCAAACCGAAUUGCUUCAAGAAAUACUCACAGAAAUCAAAGAAUUGAAGACAACAGUGGGCCAAAUUCUCGAAAGCAAGCAAGAGCUUGAGAUUACAGAAAGUCAAACGCAUGGAUAUUUGCCACAGAGCUAUCCUCCUAUUCCUCUAGAAAUGCAACCCCCGGCACCUCCAGCAAUGCAACCAAACUAUUUCCUGUCACGUCAAUUUGUCGGUCCUCAAUAUCAGCUCGAGUCAGAUUGGCAGCAACGAUGGAACUCACAGUAUCAAGGCCCGACUACCAUGCCAGGCCCUGGACCUAGUGCAGCUCGUGGUCUCUAA